UUUGAUCAAUGAAAAUCAUAAUUCUUCAUGGUAUCGGAGCCUAAUUAAAAAAAACUCUAACCCUACCUCUCGGCUCUCUCUCUCCCUCGCGGCAGUCACAGCGCCGCCUCGCCGUCCCUCCUUCGACGUCGGCAGUCCCCCAGCGGCGGCACUCCCCCCUUCUCCCUUCGGCUCUCUUCUCUCUAAUGGCCGAAAGCAAGGUUACCUCCAACUCCACUCCGGAAAAAACCCCUCAUCUUGCCUUCACGACGAUCUCUAAUGUCAAACUCCAUGUUCCGGUUCUCCUCAGCCUCUCUCAACCGAACUACAAAAAGUGGAGUCGCCUUUUCCUCCUCUUGGUGCGCCGAUUCAAUCUCCAAGGCUACAUCAAUGACUCCAUCGUCUCUCUCUCUGAAGACGAUGAUGAGUGGCUCCAACUCGACGCUCUCCUCCAGGGAUGGAUCUUAUCCACCAUCUUCGACGAAGUCUCAGAUCUGGUUAUCUCCUCUGUCUCCACCGCUUCUUCUCUUUGGAAAGUUAUUCAUGAUCUGUUUCACGACAACAAGAAUGCUCGUGCCACGCAACUGGAGCACGAGUUCCGUACCACUGUCAAAGGCAACACCACCAUGGCGGCCUACUGUCAACAUCUGCAAAAUCUCGCAGAUUGGCUGGAUGAUGUUGAUGCCCCGGUGUCCCAACAUCAAUUGGUUCUUCAGAUGCUUCGUGGUCUCCCCGCAGAUUUGCAAGCCCAGACGUCUUUUCUUCAAUUUCAGGAUCCGCUGCCCACUUUUCUCCAAGCCCGCUCCGCUCUUAUGCUUUUGGAUCAGCAACGCUCUCCCAUGGGCGACUCGAGCAGCACGGCAGCAGCGGCAGCGGGGGACCUCAGCACGGCAGCGGCGGCAGCGGCGGCUACCAUGGCGGCGGGCUUCAGCACGGCGGCAGCUACGGUGAGGGCGGCUCCUCCGGACAGCGCAACGGCUAUGGACGCGGCGGCGGGCGAGGCAACGGCGCUCGAGGUGUAUUGCUGGAGCAGCUUGGACGCAUUUCCGGGUUGUUCUCUUAAAGCAGAGACAUCUCCAAUUAUGGAGGAGAAGAGUGGCGCCAUUGAAAACAUUGACAGAGCGGUCCAAAGACAAUGUUAUUCCAUGCAAGCCUAUUUCGGCCGUGUCAACUACGUGCCCCCACCGUACAAAUCCACCUUCCUUGACCAGGACUACGGCGGCUACAAACAAAACGAGUCUUAUGCCCCUUCAAGCUCCUCGGAUGAGGAUGAGUUUGACUUGAAAGUUGAUGGCAAUCCCAUGGACGCCGAGGACGACGACGAAGAGGACAACGAAGAAGACGAAGACAAGGACUAGGCAACCGCUCCUAGAAUUUCUAUCUCUUCUUUCUUAUCUUUAUGUUUUUUUCUCUCUUAUUGUUGUUUCUUUAAUGCUUCUGUUGUACUCCAUACUUCCCUAAAUUUUAAUAAAAUCAAGGCUUAAAAAUCUUUUUGUUAAUGUCAAAAGGGGGAAGAUAAAGUCAAUGAAUAAAUUAAGGGGGAACUU